CGCGCGCUGGCGGCGGCUGGGUUUGAAUCUGUUCUGUUAGUUUCCGGCUUUGGUGAACGGCUGUGUGAGUGUGGAGCUGUGGGACGCCACUGAAAGAACCUCUACACGCAAAAAGAGUUUUUGAUCAGCGCAACGUAUCACAUUGGUUCUCACCAUGGCGCCAAAGAAAAGAACCAACCGUGGACAGAAGACUCGCACUAUGAAGAAUGAGAAGCUGGCAUCUUUUAUCAAGGACUUUGACAGUCAAGUCAAGACAAUAGUAGAAGAACUAAAAGCCAACGUUGUGAGCAAUCUGAAGGAAGUGGAUAGCCUGUACAACAUUGAAAUUAUCAAGCUCCCCGUAGCGAUCCGAGAGAUGCGCUGGAUUGACUUCUUCGCAAAAGGAGGCAGCCUAAAAGCUUUAGAGGCAGCGGCAAUGGUGAAUGCGGACAUUGAGAAAGUAACAUCAAGCGUUUCUCAGACACCUUUUAAGCCUGCCAAGAAAGCAAGGAAAGUGAAGGCCAACUCUAUUGAAGAUCUAGUGGAAAAUAUUUCAGUGACCAGUGUCCUCAGACAAAGAACAAAUAAUAAAACUUCCACAAAAAAACUUGGCACUGCAAGGAAAGCUAGAAUUUCUGCUGCAAGUACUACCGCCAAGAGAACAAGUAAAAGGACACGUGCAACGCCCUCCAACAGCAGAUUUGCAGACUCUUCAAUGGUGGGAUACACUCCUAUGAUCACACCUAAAAUUGAUACCAGGGUAUUUAAAACUCCAGCACUUAGGACACCAGCAAUGCGAGAGCCAGUCUAUACUUUCUCAGCCAACGGCAGUCCAUUAGCAGGAAUGGAUGAUUUGUUCAUUAACCUGCCAACAGACAAUGGAAAGAAUAUUCGACUGACUGCUAAUGACAUGGAUGGUAUAGACUUGCGCAAUCUUGACCGGAAAGCAUUUGAAAAUAUUAAACUUUUAUCAAGUCGCCUGGAAAAAAUCUGUAAGACACUAAAAUAACUGAAUCCCUUUUAUUUUAUUUUUGUUACAGCUUUUUUUGUAGUGUUUUGAGUACUGCUGUAAAUACUUCUAUUCCCGGUUUAUUACUGUAGAACUAUUGCAUUAAAGGGAACCUCUACUUUUGCAGAUGGAAAAAUACAUUUUGUAUUAACUGUUUUGCUUUAGGUCUUAAUACUUGUAAACCAAUAAGCCCACAUAUCACCUGGGCAACAGUUUUAUUGUAAUUCACUGGAUACCUUGUAUGAUGUAUAUAAAAUGACUGGUUU